AUGUUCUCGGAGAUUGGCUCUUGGGUUCACGACGAAUCAGACGGGCCUGAUAUCGAUUUGGGCACCCCUCAUCCUCCAGAGGUAUCUGGAGGAGCAGGGGAAGCAGGGGGCCAUCCACUGGAUCUGGACGACUUUCUUGGGGACUAUGAACAAGCACAGGCGCCUCAAUGGUCUGCAUCAGACUCAUCCUUACCGCCACAUGCGGCCGUCAAUCAGAAUAUAGCUGUGGAGGCAACUCCCAAAGGAGUCAGAGAUAACUGUCCCCUCCUUCUGGAAGAGGGCCUUUCCAGCAGUCACCCCAGCUCGCCUGCAAAGACUCCAACGAUGCGCUCUGGGCUUGCGUCGAGUGCAUCAUCUUUCCCGAGUUCCCGAGGACUCAUGGGAAGAUGCAACCACUAUGAAUCUACCUUUUCUUCCCAGACAACAGGAAAAGGUCUUGGCGCUAUUCUUUCGUUUUUGAAGUGUUUGGGCAAUCGUUGGAAGAAGGGAAUCCUUAGGGGUCCCCUAUGUGCAGCUGGGUUUCGCGGAUUGUGCAGGGCGGUCUAUUACUCAAGGCUCAUGGCUUAUAUGUAUAUUGGAGUCCUGGCCCUCAAUGCGUGGAUACUGAUUCGCUACAUUCUGUGCUCCCCAGUUGACUGUCCCCUCGUAAUAGCUGAGGCAUUCGUCAGCCUCAUGCUUCUCCUGGAGGUAGCACUGCGGGCGCUUGUUAUGGGCCCUGCAUUUUUCUCUUCUUGCGCGCAUCUGUUUGACUGCGGCGUGACAGUCCUGUGCUUGGCUUUGCUUAUUGGCAGCGGGGACCUUCAAUCCCUCAGCCGGAGACCAAGGGCCCCUCCCGAGUCCCCUGAUGACGUGUUAAGGCCAUCGUUAACCGCCCUAAGAGUUUCCACUCAACUCAUGCGCAUCGUACCUCUGGCACUUCACCAGAAACGCGCCAGGCUGCCGCGUGACGAAGUUGACUUCUCCCGAUUGGGCGUUGAAGACGACCUCUGA